AUGUCCAAGGCGGUAAUGGAGUUGGAAGAACCAGGCGCAUACAUGGUGAAAGGAAUGAAAUGGGUUGUUCCCCAGAGAUACAAGAUUGCUGUGCUCUUGGGCUCUGGGGCAUAUGGUUGCGUUUGCCGCGCCUACGAUGAGCAGGAGAAAAAAGAUGUAGCGAUUAAGAGGUUUGAAGACGUGUUCAUGAGCAAGACAGACGCGCUGAGGAUUCUGCGAGAGAUCGCAAUCCUUCGACGGUUGGAACACAGGAACAUAAUCAAAUUGAUGAAUGUUGUCAAUCCAGCGCAAUUCCCACAGCCGCUGCGUACGCUUUACGUCUUCUUCGAAUACGGAGGGAUGGACCUGCACAAGUUGGCUGCUUCAGACAGAUACCUUGAACUUGAUGAGAUUCAAUUCGUGAUCCGGCAGCUCUGCGAGGGGGUGCGAUACCUUCAUAAUUCCUUCGUGAUUCAUCGUGAUCUGAAGCCAGCAAACAUUCUCAUGUACUCCCCGUUCUGCUCUGAUCCAUGUGUUCUCGUUGACAGUCUUGAUAGCGAGCCGGAACGUCUUCACCUCAAGAUUGCAGACUUUGGAUUGGCAAGGGUCAUGGAGGCAGAUCUCAACGCUCACUCCCACCUCGAGGACGAUUUCGAUCAGACAAUGGGGGUUGACCAGCGGGACGAGGAGGAGGUUGUUGAAGGCGUGAGCGACUUAGCGGUGGACGAUGGCUCCAGCCCUUCGUCUACCAGUGAGGCAGAAUAUGACGAUCGUCCUACACCGCUGCUCCGGCACAUGAGUGAGCAUGUAGUGACAAGGUGGUAUCGAGCUCCCGAAGUCAUCCUCUGCCGGGGACGAUAUUCGAACUCAAUCGACAACUGGAGUGUUGGUUGCAUCAUUGCUGAGCUGUUCAACCUCCACAGCUCAGUGGUGAGUUCUGCCGUCGUCCAUCGCAUCAUCAAGUCUAAAGGGCGAUCGUGUUUCCCGCUGAGCCCGAGCUCAAGAACAUGUUUCAAGAGGCAGGAAGUGACGGACCAACUGAAUGUGAUUUUUGCUGUCACUGGCACACCCUCAAGCUACGAGAUCGAUCAGCUCGACGCUGGAUCAGAAAGCAACGACGUGAAGACGUACCUCCGCCACCUCCAUCCCAAGGGAGCCAUCGUGCUUGGGAACAAGUAUCCGCACAUACCGCAAGAGGGGAUCAAGCUCCUUCAGAGCCUCCUCAAGUUCCUGGCAAGAGAGAGGCUGGACAUGAAAGCUGCUCUACAACACCCGUUCCUGAAUACUUCGACCCCGCGACUUCACCAGCUGGAGAAUCAGCUGAUGGCUGAUCACGACCUGGACAUGCCUCCUGCUCUAGAGCGGUCAAGCUCCGUGUUGACAGCCAAGAACCUCCUGCAGCUGCAGUUGGAGAGCAAGUACAACAAAAGGAAUCACGACGAGGCGGUUGAGAAGCUUUCGAACCUCUUCCGCAACGAGAUCGAAGCCUUCUACGCUGAGUUCGCCAUGCCCAAGAACACGAGGAUAGCGCUUGCCGGGGAGAGGCGCGGGAGUGAAGGGGAUGAGGGCACGUUGAGGUCCUCCAACUCGGAUGAAUUCUCUGACUGCCUUUCGCCUUGAUCGCCUCCAACGACAUUGCAUCUUCAAUAAUGAACCCUCCCUCCUCUCUGG